ACUUGCCCUGGGGUUUGGCUGUUUUCAGGCUGAAAGCUGGGAGGAAGAAGCGAGUGGAGCGGCAGCAGCAGAGAUGGCGCGGCUGGUAGCAGUUUGCAGAGACGGAGAAGAAGAAUUCCUCUUUGAGAAGCGGCAGAUUCCCCUUUACAUCGAUGACACCCUGACGAUGGUGAUGGAGUUUCCUGAUAAUGUGCUAAAUCUUGAUGGACAUCAGAAUAAUGGAGCACAACUAAAACAGUUCAUUCAGCGGCACAGCAUGCUGAAGCAGCACAGCCUGCUCAAGCAGCAGGACAUGAACCUUGCCAUGAUGGUGACGUCGCGUGAAGUCUUGAGUGCACUUUCUCAGCUUGUCCCAUGUGUUGGCUGUCGCCGUAGCGUGGAGCGCCUGUUCUCUCAGCUGGUGGAGUCGGGGAAUCCAGCCCUUGAGCCCCUCACGGUCGGGCCGAAGGGAGUCCUCUCUGUCACCCGCAGCUGUAUGAUGGACGCAAAGAAGCUUUAUACACUUUUCUAUGUGCAUGGGUCCAAAUUAAAUGAAAUGAUAGAUGCAAUUCCAAAAAGCAAGAAGAACAAGAGAUGUCAGUUGCACUCCCUGGACACACACAAGCCCAAACCCUUGGGGGGUUGCUGGAUGGAUGUGUGGGAGCUCAUGUCCCAGGAGUGCAGGGACGAAGUAGUUUUAAUUGAUUCUAGCUGUCUUUUAGAAACCUUGGAAACGUAUCUCCGGAAACACAGGUUUUGCACCGACUGCAAAAACAAAGUGCUGCGUGCAUACACCAUUCUGAUAGGCGAGCUGGACUGCAGCAAAGAGAAGGGCUACUGUGCUGCACUGUACGAAGGGCUGCGCUGCUGUCCCCACGAGCGCCACAUCCAUGUGUGCUGUGAGACGGACUUCAUCGCGCACCUCCUUGGCCGGGCCGAGCCCGAGUUUGCAGGAGGGUAUGAGCGAAGAGAGAGGCACGCCAAGACGAUCGACAUCGCCCAAGAAGAGGUCCUCACCUGCCUGGGCAUUCACCUGUAUGAGCGGCUGCACCGGAUCUGGCAGAAGCUCCGGGCAGAGGAGCAGACGUGGCAGAUGCUCUUCUACCUCGGCGUCGAUGCUUUACGGAAAAGCUUUGAGAUGGCCGUGGAGGAAGUGCAGGGCGUCAGCCGGCUGGAGCAGCUCUUCGAAGAGUUCUCUGAAGAGGAGCGGGUGCGGGAGCUCAAGCAGGAGAAGAAGCGCCUGAAGCGCAAGAACCGGAGGAAAAACAAGUGUGCCUGCGAGAUCCCGGCUCCCUUGCAAGCCAUGGAAGAGAAGGAGAGCAGCCAGGAGAAGGAGAACUUUUUGGAAAGCAGCUGCAAAGCCUGCGGCAGUGCAGAAGACGGCAGCAGCUGCGUCAAAGUCCUCGUCCCCAGUGAAAGCACGUCCUGCACUUGUCCAACCGGUGGCACUUUACUGGGCUUGCCGAAAAUAAAGAAAGGAUUAUCUGCACACUGUAACGGCAGUGACUGUGGUUAUUCGUCCAGCAUGGAGGGCAGUGAAACAGGAUCUCGAGAAGGUUCGGAUGUCGCUUGCACAGAGGGAAUUUGCAACCAUGACGAAAACGGUGAGGACCCGUGUGUCCAUCACUGCGACCUCAAGGAGGAGGACGGGGACAGUUGUGUGGAAUGCUGGGCCAAUUCGGAAGACCACCUGAAAGGGAAAAGCAGAAAGAAGAAGAGGAAAAGCAAGAAGUGUGAGGCUGAGCAUAUCCACAAACUGGGUAGCUGCCUUGUAGACUCAAGUAACCGAGAGAACUCAGGGAAUCUGGGGCCCAGAGAGUUCCACCGAGACAAGACCAAAGACCCGUGCUCUGAGCCUUGCUGUCGGGCAGAGAAGGGCGGGCAGCCGGUGCCUUGGUUGGACCACAGGAAGGCAGCAGUGGUGUGUGCAGAACCUCCAGAAGUGGGCCCCGUUCCCAAUUCUGGGAAGGGUGCCAAGAGCUUGGUGGAGCUCCUCGAUGAAUCUGAAUGCACUUCAGAUGAGGAAAUCUUCAUCUCUCAAGACGAGAUCCAGUCCUUCAUGGCAAACAACAAGUCCUUCUACAGCAAUAGAGAACAAUACCGGCAGCAUCUGAAGGAGAAAUUCAACAAAUACUGCCGCUUGAAUGAUCACAAGAGGCCAGCUUGUAGCAGCUGGUUGACAACAGCCGGAGCGAACUAAACCCAAUAAAAUUAGCUCUGUCUUUCAACUAAACUCUCCAGAUGACUACUGCGCCUUUUCUCCUUCCC